AUGGUUCGCUCCCGCAGUGUAUCCUCUGCAUCUAGCAGCAGCUCUCACUACCCUUGUGCUUCCUCUUCGCGACCUUCAUCGCCCUCCAAAGGGUCUUUCUAUGACCGCAGCUCAGCAUCAACCUCCAUGUCCUCACUGGACGCUUGCAGCACGCCCGCACAGCGCUGCAGCUGCGAGUUGGCCAAUGAGAGUCGGCUUAAGAAACUAUAUCACGAUCACGCCCAGUCUACGGACGGCCUUUGGCACGGCCCUCUCAGCGUCGCUGAGUGGACGAAGGAAUUCUUGCCAUCUCGCGAGACACCAAUCAAACUCGACCCCGACGCCUUACCAGAUAGUCAUGAUGCACUGGCAUUUGAGGACUACAUCAC